CUCCGUGUGACGUCACUACUGUGUUGACAGUCGGCCAUUUUGUGCAAGAAUAUUCUGUUUCGUUGUAGAUUUUCUCCAAUUACGUGUUAUAUCAGAGAGUGAUUUGGAAACACCAAUUCUAUGACUAUAUUAGGAAGUGUCCCUGUGUAUAAUUAGUGGUGAAUAUGGUAAUUAUAUAUGAUUGAAGACUGAUUCUGGAGAGAACUUGCUCAUCAUGUGGUGUCCUCAAGUUGGACUAAUCAUUAGACUUAGUAGUAUUGCAUGGUGACACUCUACUGAUAGACCACAGUUGUGAGGGUCAGGGCUGACAGACCACAGUUGUGAGGGACAGGGCGCAGAGACCACAUUUGUUAGGACCAAGGCUGGUAGACCACAAGUGUGAGGGCCAGGGCUGGUAGAGCACAGUUCUGAGAGCCAGGGCUGGUAGACCACAGUUCUGAGAGCCAGGGCUCGUAGACCACAGUUGUGAGGGCCAGGGCUGGUAGACCACAGUUGUGAGUGCCAAGGCUGGAAGACCACAGCUGUGAGAGGCAGGCAAGGCUGGUAGUCUCCAGUUGAAGACUUGUUAACACAUUGUAGCAGAUUGACACCAUAUUACUCACUGCUGUCUACAGUAACAGAGAUAUGCAUCAGUAAUUAAAGGAAUUCUAUGUACAAGAGCUUGUGGACUACAGACUGUAGAUGAGGCUGUGAUGGGGGGAGGGCCAACAUUGCUUCCUGUCCUCGUGACAACUGUAGACGUGUAGAUCUACGAGACAAGACCUUCCUCUCUGUGAGCUCAACUUCCACCCCUAACAUGCAUGACAAUACGACUGGGGUAGAGCAGGAACCAAUGAGCCUUGAGCACAUCCGCCGCUCAGAUGUCUUUCCUAAGAAAGUGCUCGUGUCCGAGGAUGAUGCCCUUCGUGUGCCGUUUCCCGUGCUGAGUGGUGAGGCUGCAGAGUAUCUGGGUCGCACAGCUGACGGCAUUAUCGUCCUCUCAAACUACCGCAUCCUAAUCCGGUACCAGGACUCUUUCAUCAACCUGCCCCUUGGUCUCAUUGAAGGUGUUGACAUGCGUGACAUCUUCUACCUGCACAUCUACAGCAAGGACGGCUCUGUUGUCAGGUGCUCAUUUUCCACAAAUGACAUGUGUCAGGAUUGGUUUCGACGUGUGCAGAUCAAGAUAGAGCCGGUGAAGAAGCUAGAGGAUGUGUUUGCAUUCUGUUUCUAUGCGUGGUGUGCGGACCACCUGGCCACACCAGCCUCGUGCUCCAGUACAGGAGAGUGCUUCCAGCUAUGUCCUACAGGUGAGGGGAGUCCAUACAGUUUCACGGGCGAGAUGGAGAGGAUGGGCUUCAAGCUGGACACUGCCUGGAGGUACACAGAUAUCAACAACAACUUCAGUCUGUGUUCCUCAUACCCUACGGAACACAUUGUACCUCAUGGCGUAAAGGAUGAUAAUCUGAAGGCUGUUGCCGGGUUCCGGGCCCUGCGCCGCUUCCCAACUGUUGUCUGGAGGAAUCAACGUAAUGGUGCAGUGUUGGUGCGUGCGGGACAACCGGAGAUGGGGAUAUUUGGCUGGCGAAAUACAGAUGAUGAAAAUCUGUUGAAUGCCAUCCCAGCUGCCUGUACCCAGAACCCUGGUAACAAGAAUAGGGCGAGUCGCUCGCCCAGCAGGGAGGAUGGGAGUGGCUCAGACAUCAGUGGCUCUGAUGACUCGUCGAUUGCAGAAGGCGGGGAGGAGGAGAGUGAGCCGCGGAAAAUGCUGAUUAUUGACUGCCGCUCAUACAGUGCGGCCAUGGCAAACCGGGCGAAGGGUGGCGGCAUGGAGUGCCCAGAGUACUACCAGAACUGUGAGAUUCAGUUCAUGGCACUGGCAAACAUCCAUGCGGUAAGGAAGAGCUUCCUGGCCCUCCGCAGUCUCUGUAACUCCGUUCUCGACCAGGCCAGCUGGUUAUCAGGGUUGGAGAACACUAAGUGGAUGCAGCACAUGUCGGGGCUGUUGAAGACGGCAGUUCUCGUGGUAAGUGCCAACGAAAAGGAGGGGCGCCCGGUGCUUGUCCACUGCUCUGAUGGCUGGGAUCGCACCCCACAGGUCAUCUCCCUCGCAGAGAUCAUGCUUGACCCUUACUACAGGACAGUUGAGGGGUUCCAGGUUCUCAUAGAGCGUGAGUGGCUACAGUUUGGCCACAAGUUUGCCGAUCGGUGUGGGAACGGUGUACACACUGAUGACCUGAAUGAGCGCUGCCCGGUGUUCCUGCAGUGGCUUGAGUGUGUUUACCAGCUCCUUGUACAGUUCCCGUGCCAGUUUCAGUUCACCGAGGCUUUCCUGGUGAAGCUGGUACAGCACACAUACUCAUGCCUGUUUGGUACAUUCCUGUGUAACACCCUGCGGGAGAGACAGGCCAACAAGCUUAGUGAGAACACAGCCUCAAUCUGGGCCCUGCUCAGCCUGAAUAAUUUCCACAACCAGCUGUACACCCCCACACAUGAGCAUGAGGUGUUGUAUCCGGCCAUCCAUAUGCAGAACUUGAGGCUGUGGACAUCUGUGUACCUAUCCAACAAUUUGCAGUCUGCUGGGCCUGAGGACAGCGGCACCCAGACUGGGCAGCUGGACGACGCCACCACUGACCCUCCACCCUCACUGCAGAAAACAAGGUCCUGUGAGAACUUACUGACGGGAAGCACGGAAGAGCUCAACACGAGCCUCAGUCGUAGGAGAAGUGACCCAAACCUGGCAGCCAUGGAUCACUGUGAUCAGAAGCUGUUGAAAGAUGCAAUAGGCGGCGACACAAGUUGCUCCAGUGAGUCCAUGAAGAGUUCCGACAAUGAUCGAUCACUGGCGGAAACAUGUGACCUGCCUCUCAAUGGUGUGCAUCAUGGGAACUUUCAUGAUGCAAAUGAAGAAACACCGAAAAAUGGUGAUGUUGAAGAAAAUAAUAAAGAAAAUGAUGGAAUAAAUGGUUUCUGUGAUACUAGUUAUAAUAAAUUAGAAAAUGGAUAUUCCAAAGAGUUGCAUAAUGGUGCAGUUAAAAAUGAAACUAGAGACAAUGACUCUAGUGUUUCUAACUAUGUAGGUAAAUUGAAUGGAAUAGGAUUUACUGAGCAUGCAAAGUCAAUAGUUAAUGGUAUUGAUAGUGAACACAUGGAAAUAAACAUAGCAAAUGGUAAUGGCAUUCAUGAAAUGAAUGGACAUUCAAAUGGAAGCGUGGACAGCGGGCCUCACAGUCCUGACAGUGUGAAUGACAGCAGUGAAAACUCCAUAGAGACAAUAUCUGAAUGUGAGGAUGCUGACCCCGUAACCAAUGGUGCAAACAGUAUAGUAUAUGAACACACAGUGCUCAGACCAGUAUCUGAGAAUUCUGUUUCCACAAGCUAUAGCAAUGGUGAUAAUCCUGAUAUAGACAAGAGAACCAUUGUUAAGAAGUUACAACAAAGAAGGCUGCAAUGUGAUGGGGUUUCAGUGUCACUGGAGAGUUCUACAGACACGGUUACGGAGGAGGUGCAGACAGGGGACAGCAGCCACACCCUGACCCCCUCCUCCAGCACGGGCCAGGCACACUCCCCAAAAGCAGCCCUGGCCAUCUCCCCCAGUGCAACCCCACACACCGUCGCCUCACUCCAGUCUCUGUGUGAUCAUGUGGCAACAAACACCCUCAAAUCAUUAGAAAACACUACCAGUAUUAGCACUAGUACUAGUGAUUUGACGGAUUCCAGAGUGCAUGAGAAACUAAUCUCCAACUGUUCCCAGAGAGAGAUCCUGCUCAACAAGGUGGAGGUGAACAAGACUAGUCUCAACUUGCGCUGUUACCUAUCUCAGACUACAGCAUUAAGCAAGAGUUCCAACGGGGUACUGUUCCGGCGUGGGCUGGAUGGGGGCAUGGUGUCACCCUUAGGGCCGGCCCCGGUUAGCCCCCAGUCCCUUGUCUCCACCUGCCCUCCAACUCCCGGCACUAGUGACACACGGUCAUUGGAUGCCCACAUGCCACGGCAUGGUCUCAGUCGGCACCUAGAUGUUGAUGGGCUCACCAAGUUUGUGGACCCUGUUCAGAAACAGAUCUCCAGUAUCAAGGACAAGUACGAGCAGCAGAUAGCGUGUCUGCAGAACGAGCUGGGCAUGCUGCGAACCAUGAUGGCCCAGCAUGCAUCAGCCUGCAAUGGUGGCAUCUGCAAUCUAGAAUUUCAAGUAGAAAAUGACUUGCCGGGUAGUGGUGAGCUGGCUUCCAUUCAGAGUAACUACAGCAAUGCUGCAUCAGAUGCGAGCUGGGACCAGAUGGACGACCCAGAGGUGAACAUGACACGCUGGGUACCGGACCACUCUGUCACCCACUGUGCCGGCUGUGACACUCAGUUCACCUGGAGAAUACGCAGGCAUCACUGCAGGAACUGUGGUAAGAUAUUUUGUGACAGUUGUUCUGCGGAGAAGGCGCCGCUGCCCCAUCAGAUGAUCGUGACAGAGGAACGUGUGUGUCAGCACUGCUACAAGAAGAUCAGCUCCCAGCUUACCAAGUCCAUUGUCGCCGUUGACGAGCUUACCUCCCUUGGAGCAGCAGCCUCCAACUGACAAUCAAGUCCUAAAGUGGAUAGUUCUAGCCCGCUGCACUAUGUGCCCAGUGAACGUGUUGCUUGGCAUAUAUGUACUUGUUUGUUAAAUUUGUAUCACAAAUGAAUUAAGUGUGAUUGAGUUAACAGUUUCCAUGCAAAUCUUUGUAUCCAUCUUGAUUAUAAAAUUAAAAGCCAAUUCUAAUUACAAAAUUUUACAUUACUUGUAAAGGAAUCAGAGCUUACCAGUAAUUGUUCAACAAAUCAUAUGAUUAAGAGAACUGUUUGAUGUUGAGUGUUCAAAACUUGAUUGUGUUAUAUCUGUUAAUUAAAAAAGAUGAUUUAAGAAACAUGAAUAUUUCAUCUGGUGUUAUUAGAUGGUAUUUCAGAAAUCCAGUUAUCAGAAAGUAACACUGAGUUUACUGUUAUACUCUUGUGCACUAGUUUCUUUAAUUUCCAUUUAUUAUUCUACAACUGUUAAUUACAUGUAGCCAGUAUGUGAAAUCAAUCUUGGAUUAACUGCCAUCUCAUGUAAACAAAGUCAGUAGAAUGUAGAUUUAGGCGAGGACCUAGCAUGUGCUCAAUGGGCCGUGCAGUAGCUAGAGGUGGCGGAGGGAAGACAUCUUCUGUUGUUAAUUGUUUAUUUUUUCGUUACUACAUGCUAUUUUUUAUGAUCUGUUAUAUUUAUAAAUUAUUCUUAACUUGGCAUAAAGGGCUUAACAUAAAGCAGGACAUUAUGUAAGGGUAGGCAGACAGUUGUUCAGUCCAUGGACAAUAAAGCUGUUGCUGCAGUAGAUUCACAUUUGUUACACUUAAACUGUUCCAACACAUAGAAAGAUGUAGGUUUUCUCAGCUUGUAUACAACAAUUAUUUAAGUGAAAUUGACUAAAUGGAUACCGUACAUUUCUCACUAACCCUAGCCUUACAGGAAAAGUUAAAGAAAGUUAAAGAUUAUCUUCUCAAAGGAUAGCUCGAUUUCUCCAGACUGGAUUUCAUUGUUGGGGGGAAGUUUAUGUCAAGGUUUUGGGCUCUUGAAAUACAGCUAAAAUAAUCCAGAUUGUUAUGUAAACAUGAGGCAAUGUUAAGUCAGUGAAAUAUUCCUUGGAAAAUUCAACUUUUCAGUAUUGUUAUGACCAUUAACCCAAGAUAUAACCAUUGAAAAAUCUGUUUCAAAACUAAACAUUUACCUUCAGCAACUAACAGAGAUAAACACUCUCAGCAACUACUUGAGAAGAAGACUUUCAGCAACUAACCUAGAUAAACACUGACCUCUGUAUGAUAGUAAAUCUGCUGUUUAGUGUAUGUAUUGUGAAUUCCAUAUUGGUAUGAUUGUAAAGCUUUUGAAUGGACAAUUACAAAAUAUAAUUCUUCCAAACA